AUGGAUAACAUGACAGUAUCCACAGCCGUCGGACACACACCAACCGAGAUAGUGCACACGUUGAGUGCUAACGACAUCGUAUCCAUAGUGGUGUACGUGGUCAUCGGUACUUUCGGCAUCAUAGGAAACACGCUCGUCAUGAUCGUAUUCGGGUUGCUAACACAGAAGAAAAGUCAGGUGAAUAUGUUCAUAUUCGACCAGGCUCUCAUUGACGGGUGCACGUCUGUUUUGCUGAUCCUAUUCGGGGUCGUCAACGUGUUCAGACCAAGAAUCAUGGCCUACGAAGAGGACCUCGAUGACGGUGCCGGCAACGAUACAUCUGGCGUCACGGGACAUUUCAUCCACCUUUCGCCAUCGACGGCGGAGUUUUUAUGUCGAUUCUGGUGGUCGCGGUUCUUCCUCUUCGCUAGUUUUGCUAUCUCGACAUGGAACUUGACGGUGAUGUCGAUUGAGCGAUACUGGGCAGUGCUUCAUCCGAUGACGUACUCACGAAACUUCAGCAGGCGACGAGCCUUGAUCAUGAUGCUUCUGAUUUGGCUCAUUGCUCCUAUCAUGCAAUAUGUCCCAACAAUUUUCCAGUGGACAUGCGGCCCUGGCUCUUGUGUCUACGAGGCAUCGUGGUCCAAAGCUGCAGGAAUCGUCCUAGGAGUGUCUCUGUUCAUCUGGGAGCUCGUCCUCCCUGUCUGCAUCAUGGCCUUUGUCUAUUACAAUAUCAUCACCGAGAUGAGGAAAAAGAAAAUCGCAUUGCAGCAGAAGAAGAAAAAGUUGGUGGACCCACCAAGUGCCACAAGUACACCUACCAGGAUGCCAAACAGAGGAGCAUCUAAGAUCGUACAUCCCUCCAGGAAUAUCACCAUGACGCUCUGUAUCCUCUUCGCCGUCUACACCAUAUGCUGGACCCCAAACCAAAUCACCUUCCUACAGUUCAACUUCGGAGGACCUUUGAACUUUACAGGAGCCUGGUAUCACAUCACAGUGACCUUAGCGUUCUUGAACUGUUGCGUGAACCCCUUCAUCUAUGCUCUUAGAUUACAAAAGUUCAAAAAGGGCAUGGCCAUGCUGAUGCAAGGACGAUGGCAUCGCAGGUCACGGGAAAGCAGAGCAAAAAUCACGGAAUCGACCAGUUUUAAUGGUCUGGACUCACAUACUGUGUAA